GUCUGUGUUUUCCUUGUACUUGGUUUUUUCAUGAAUGGAGAGUGUAGUGUGUUCCUGUUUGUGUGUUUUGGUGUUGUUGGGGUGUUUCAUUUCAUCAACGGAAUCAAAGUACAUAAAGUACAACACAAGUUCAAACAUUGUUGCUGGGAAGCUCAAUGUUCACUUGGUUGCUCACACUCAUGAUGAUGUUGGUUGGUUGAAGACCGUUGAUCAGUACUAUGUCGGUUCCAAUAACUCAAUUCAGGGAGCGUGCGUUCAAAAUGUGCUGGAUUCGCUUGUGCCUGCAUUGUUGGCGGACAAGAAUCGCAGGUUUAUAUAUGUUGAACAGGCAUUUUUCCAGCGUUGGUGGAGAGAACAAAGUGAAGUUGUUCAGAACAUAGUCAAACAGCUGGUCAACUCUGGUCAAUUGGAGUUCAUAAAUGGGGGUAUGGUUAUGCAUGAUGAGGCUACUACACAUUACAUUGACAUGAUUGAUCAAACAACACUUGGACACCAUUUCAUCAAACAAGAAUUUGGUAAAACCCCAAGAAUAGGAUGGCAAAUCGAUCCGUUUGGACAUUCGGCGGUGCAGGCAUACUUGUUGAGUGCACAGGUUGGGUUUGAUUCCCUAUUCUUUGCGCGGAUCGAUUACCAAGACAGAGCUAAGAGGAAAGAUGAAAAAUCUCUUGAAGUUGUGUGGCAGGCCUCUAAGAGCCUUGGUUCAUCUGAGCAAAUAUUUUCAGGUGCAUUCCCUAAGAACUAUGAACCUCCUGCUAAUUUCUACUAUGAAGUAAAUGAUGAUUCUCCAAUUGUACAGGAUGAUGUCAAUUUGUUUGACUACAAUGUCCCUGAACGUGUAAAUGAGUUCGUCGCAGCAGCGAUUUCUCAGGCGAAUAUUACGCGAACCAAUCAUAUAAUGUGGACAAUGGGGACAGAUUUCAAGUACCAAUAUGCACAUACCUGGUUUCGCCAAUUGGAUAAGUUUAUUCACUAUGUUAAUCAAGAUGGCCGGGUUCAUGCCCUUUACUCAACCCCAUCCAUAUACACCGAUGCGAAACAUGCUGCUAAUGAGGCCUGGCCAAUCAAGACUGAAGACUACUUUCCGUAUGCUGAUGUGGAAAAUGGCUAUUGGACGGGGUAUUUUACAAGUAGGCCAGCUAUCAAAGGCUAUGUUAGAUUCUCAAGUGGCUACUACUUGGCAGCAAGGCAGUUAGAGUAUUUUAAAGGGAAGAGUGCCUUAGGUCCAAAAACUGAUUCUUUGGCUGAUGCUUUGGCUAUUGCUCAACACCACGACGCAGUAUCCGGUACAGAAAAGCAGCAUGUGGCUAAUGAUUAUGCGAAACGGCUUUCAAUAGGCUAUACAGAGGCUGAGAAGGUUGUUGCAGCAUCACUUUCUUACUUGACAGAUGCACCAAAAGCUGGUCAUCAGAUUCCUCAGGUUAAAUUUCAACAGUGUCCACUUCUGAACAUAAGUUAUUGUCCUGCGUCAGAAACUGACUUCUCGAAUGGAAAAGACCUGGUUGUAGUUGUUUACAAUUCACUUGGAUGGAAAAGAGAGGAUGUAAUAAGGAUCCCUGUUGUAAGCGAAUAUGUUGUUGUUCGAGAUUCAAGUGGAAAACAAAUCCAAUCACAGCUGCUCCCAAUACUUGAUACUUUUAUUGGUUUGAGAAAGUACUACACUACAGCAUACCUGGGAGUAUCUUCAACUGUAAAACCUAAAUACUGGCUUGCAUUUUCGGCUACUGUCCCGCCACUUGGUUUUAGCACUUACUAUGUAUCUAAAGCUAAACAAGCAGCUACUAUUUCAGAUACAUAUACACCAUACAAAUCAAGGAAUCAGAAGGAUACAAUUGAAGUUGGUCCAGGAAACUUGAAAUUGAUUUAUUCCGAGAAGGAAGCAAAACUCACUGAAUACAUCAACAGCAAAAGCAAGGUCAAAGAAUCCAUAGACCAGGCAUACAAAUAUUAUUCUUCAUAUGGAGAUGAUGGAACACAAACUUCUCAGCCUUCCGGCGCAUAUAUUUUUCGCCCCAAUGGUUCAUCAGUUCCAAUCAAAUCAGACAGAAAGUCUCCUCUCACAGUCUUCCGGGGGCCAAUUGUGCAUGAAGUUCAUCAGAAGAUUAGCUCAUGGAUAUACCAGAUCACUAGACUGCACAAAGGGAAAGAGCAUGCUGAGGUCGAGUUUAUUGUUGGACCUAUACCUACUGAUGAUGGAGUUGGUAAAGAAAUUGCAACAGAGAUUACAACAAGUGUAGCAAGUAGCAAAACCUUUUACACCGAUUCCAAUGGGCGCGAUUUCAUCGAAAGGAUUCGAGACUAUAGAAAAGACUGGAAAUUGCAAGUAAAUCAACCUGUUGCUGGAAAUUAUUACCCUAUCAACCUUGGGAUUUACCUGAAAGAUAAAAGUAAAGAGCUCUCUAUAUUGGUAGAUAGGUCUGUGGGGGGAUCCAGCAUCAAAGAUGGGCAAUUAGAACUAAUGGUUCAUAGGAGAUUGCUUGUAGAUGAUUCUAGAGGCGUUGGCGAGCCGCUGAAUGAAACAGUUUGCGUCCAUGAUAAGUGUGCCGGAUUAACUGUACUAGGGAAGUACUAUUUCAAGAUUGAUCCUGUGGGAGACGGUGCGAGAUGGCGUCGAUCAUUUGGUCAGGAGAUAUACUCGCCGUUUCUAUUAGCCUUCACAGAGAGUGAAGGUAACUGGGGAGACUCCCAUGUUACAACUUUCUCAGGAAUAAAUCCAUCAUACAGCUUGCCAGAUAACGUUGCAGUCAUAACCCUUCAGGAUCUAGGUGAUGGAAAAGUUCUCCUAAGGCUUGCACACUUAUAUGAGGUUGGCGAGGACAAGUAUCUCUCAGCUAAGGCAACUGUAGAACUCAAAAAGGUGUUCCACAACAAACAGGUUAUCAAAAUAAGUGAGAUGAGCUUAUCUGCAAACCAAGAAAGAGCAGAAAUGGAGAGGAAGAGAUUGGCAUGGCAAGUCAAAGGAUCAACUCAAGAACCACAUAUUUCAAGGGGAGGACCAGUUGAUCCUCAAAAGCUUGUUGUAGAGCUUGCUCCAAUGGAAAUAAGGACCUUUAUUAUAAGUUUCAAGCAUUAAGGUCCUCAAGGACCACUAUUGCAAAAUAAGAGUUAAGUGUGCUUAUUCAAAUAGUGAGAACAAAAAGAACAUUUCUCUUGCAAUUAAAAAAAUAAGUAAUGCAUUCAAAUAUGUCCAUUGUGUGAAUGGGUUGUUUGUUUGGCUAAGGUUGUAUGAACUUUAGUUUCUUACCAAUAAAGCUUAUAUUGUCCCUA